CCUUGGGACCGGGACCGGGAUCUAAACCAGUAAACCAGGCACGGUCGAGGGUCUCAUGGUGCCUAGGGGACAAAAGGUUCUCGGGACAUCCGACUAUAGGGGUCCUACCCACCUCUACAUCCUCCGGUUAGCAAUCUUCAUUCAACAAAAACGUUUUUAGUUUGUGCCAAGAGUUGUUUAGAGGUUAGGUCUCUUGAGAGGCGGAGCUACCGAACUGACACUGAAGGGAGGUACUCCUUACGGGGGACCCAAGCCAAGAGAGACAGCCAGUAACCGACCCCGUUUGUCCCUGUGCCCUCUUUCCCGUGCCGUAGGCACAACACCUGCGCUCCUUGUUUUGGCACUGACUUUUCCGUCCUAGGAAAGCUUCCUCGUUUAGCUGCGUGACUGAAUGGUAUUUGUCACCUGAUCCGGCUGUUCCACCAACUCUCAUCAGGCCACCCCCCUAGCCUUCUUGCCCAGCUCUCUCCCCCACCAUCCCCACCCCGUUCUUAAGAAUUUAUCACCUCAUACACUGCGUUGUUUGCGGACCUGUUGUUUGUUGCGAGAGACUCCCUUCCAAACUCCCAGCAAGGGGCAGAAAUUUUGUCUAUUUAUUAAAUGUGAAGAACGUUACUCAGCGGUCGUUAUGACCUCCCGGUUACGUGCGUUGGGUGGAAGAAUUAAUAAUAUACGAACCUCUGAAUUACCCAAAGAGAAAACCCGAUCCGAGGUCGUCUGCAGCAUACGGUUUUUAGAUGGCUUGGUACAGACCUUUAAAGUUAACAAACAAGAUUUGGGCCAGUCACUUCUGGACUUGGCAUACGGCCACCUGGGUGUGACGGAGAAGGAGUACUUUGGCUUGCAACAUGGUGAUGACCCAGUAGACUCCCCUAGAUGGCUUGAGGCGAGCAAACCCCUCAGGAAGCAGCUGAAAGGAGGUUUCCCCUGUACCCUGCAUUUUCGAGUAAGAUAUUUUAUACCUGAUCCCAACACACUGCAGCAGGAACAAACCAGGCAUUUGUAUUUCUUACAACUGAAGAUGGAUGUUUGCGAAGGAAGGUUAACGUGCCCUCUCAACUCAGCGGUGGUUCUAGCUUCCUAUGCCGUACAAUCUCAUUUUGGAGACUUUAAUUCUUCCAUACAUCAUCCAGGCUAUCUUGCCGACAGCCAGUUCAUACCAGAUCAAAAUGAUGACUUUUUAAGCAAGGUGGAGUCGCUUCAUGAACAGCACAGUGGCCUAAAGCAGUCAGAAGCGGAGUCUUGCUACAUCAAUAUAGCCCGGACCCUUGACUUCUACGGAGUGGAGCUUCAUGGAGGCAGAGAUCUGCACAAUUUAGAUCUAAUGAUCGGAAUUGCUUCUGCGGGCAUUGCAGUGUACCGAAAAUACAUUUGCACAAGUUUCUACCCUUGGGUGAACAUACUCAAAAUUUCUUUCAAAAGGAAAAAGUUCUUCAUACACCAGCGGCAAAAACAGGCUGAAUCCAGGGAACAUAUCGUGGCCUUCAACAUGCUAAAUUACCGAUCUUGCAAAAACUUGUGGAAAUCCUGCGUCGAGCACCAUUCAUUCUUUCAGGCAAAGAAGUUACUACCUCAGGAAAAGAAUGUUCUGUCUCAGUACUGGACACUAGGCUCCAGGAACCCCAAAAAGUCUGUAAAUAAUCAAUACUGCAAAAAGGUGAUUGGAGGAAUGGUAUGGAACUCAGCCAUGAGGAGGUCCUUAUCAGUGGAACGGCUAGAAACCAAGAGCCUGCCCUCUCGGUCCCCACCCAUCACCCCCAACUGGCGAAGUCCUCGGCUCCGGCACGAAAUCCGAAAGCCCCGCCACUCCUCUGCAGACAACCUUGCCAAUGAGAUGACCUACAUCACGGAAACCGAAGAUGUGUUCUAUACUUACAAGGGAUCUCUGUCCCCAAAAGACAGCGAUUCUGAAGUUUCCCAGAACCACAGCCCACACCGAGAGAGUUUGUCCGAAAACAAGCCAGCACAAAGCUGCCUGACCCGGAAGUCAUCCAGUUCUGUGUCGCCGUCUUCAAAUGCUCCCGGCUCCUGCUCCCCAGACGGAGUUGACCAGCAAUUCUUAGAAGACUAUCACAAGAUGAUCAAAGGAGGCUCCGUUGAGGAUGCCAGCCAGUACUACUGUGACAAGAAUGACGAAGGAGAUGGCUACCUCGUCCUGAUCCGUAUCACACCAGAUGAAGAUGGAAGAUUUGGAUUUAAUCUUAAGGGAGGAGUGGAUCAAAAAAUGCCUCUUGUGGUCUCCAGGAUAAACCCAGAGUCGCCUGCGGACACUUGCAUGCCUAAGCUGAAUGAAGGGGAUCAGAUCGUGUUGAUCAAUGGCCGGGACAUCUCAGAGCACACUCAUGACCAGGUGGUGAUGUUCAUCAAAGCAAGCCGGGAGUCCCACUCGAGAGAACUGGCCCUGGUGAUCAGGAGGAAAGCUGUGCGCUCACUGGCGGAGAUCAGAUCGGAAGAUGAGUUGAGUCAGCUUUUCCCAGAAGCCAUGUUUCCUGUCUGUCCUGAGGGUGGUGACAGUCUGGAGGGAUCCAUGGAACUGCUAAAGAAAGGUCUAGAAAGUGGUACAGUGCUGAUCCAGUUCGAGCAACUCUACAGAAAGAAGCCGGGCUUAGCUGUCACGUUUGCAAAGCUGCCUCAGAAUUUGGAUAAAAACCGAUACAAAGAUGUUUUGCCUUAUGACACCACCCGGGUAUUAUUGCAGGGAAAUGAAGAUUAUAUUAACGCGAGUUAUGUGGAUAUGGAGAUUCCAGCAGCUAACCUUGUGAACAAGUACAUUGCUGCUCAGGGACCCCUGCCACACACCUGCUCACAGUUUUGGCAAGUUAUCUGGGAUCAGAAGUUGUCUCUUGUUGUUAUGCUGACAACUCUCACAGAGCGAGGGCGGACCAAAUGUCACCAGUACUGGCCAGAUCCCCCUGACGUCAUGGACCACGGCAUCUUUCAUAUCCAGUGUCAGGCAGAGGACUGUACCAUUGCUUAUGUGUCCCGAGAAAUGCUAGUUACAAAUACUGAGACCGGGGAAGAACACACAGUGACCCAUCUCCAGUACGUUGCGUGGCCUGACCACGGCGUGCCUGAUGACUCCUCAGACUUCUUGGAGUUUGUGAAGUACGUGAGGUCCCUGAGGGUAGACGGUGAGCCUGCCCUAGUUCACUGCAGUGCUGGAAUAGGGCGGACAGGUGUGUUGGUCACUAUGGAAACCGCCAUGUGCUUAAUUGAGAGGAACCUGCCUGUUUACCCAUUGGAUAUUGUCCGGAAAAUGAGAGACCAGCGUGCCAUGAUGGUACAAACAUCAAGCCAAUACAAGUUUGUAUGUGAAGCGAUUCUUCGAGUGUACGAAGAAGGCUUAAUCCAGAGGCUGGAUCCCAGUUAGGACAACUGUGAAGUGUUCAUUCCUUGUUCCCCUAGAGGCCCCCAGAGAUGCUGGUCACUGUGGGAAGGGAUGAGCUUAUUUGAACCUAGGCACUUUAAAUUUAAAUUUCUGUGGAAAAGGUAUCCUGUACAUAGGAACUGCUGAUGUAGAUAUGCAUGCCGCUAUGACGUCUUUGGGCCCAGAGAGAUAAGCAACAGGGGAUCUCCAACUGGGAACUGUGUUUCUCCCUCAAUAUCGCCACCCCGUCAGCCAUCCUCGGGCAAUGAGAGGGGCCGCCAGCAGUACUGUUGACUCUACUCUCACCAGGAGCCAGACAAUGUGGCUACUUGUGGUUGCUCAGGUGUUUGUGUGUUGAUCUGUGUGGGACUGACUCCAAGGGCCGAACUUCUUCGGCAAUUGGUAUCCAUUACUCCUGACACCAGGGAAAACUCAGAUGAAUGUACCACAGGCAGGGCACAAGGGACUUCAGGCUGGAGGAUGAAUAGGGUCUAUUCUGCCCUCCCUCCCUCUGCCUCAUCUCCACCCCUUCUGCACUCAUGUUCCAAAGCACCCAUUUCCCCUACCCCCGAAUUCCUCUCUUCAGGAUCACAGCCAGUGCCUGAACCUGUUUCAUAAUGUAUGUUCAGGUGACUUCUCAGCCGAGUCUGGGAACCAGACUCUGUGCUGCGUGAUGUUGAGUCUUAGCUUUAGAAGCAGCCAAGCCUCUGCUCACCCCUUACUGUAUACUCAGCCGCCAUGACUGGAAUCGCUGACUACUGAAUCUCUAUGUGGAUUGCUGCUACUUCAAGCUCUCACACUUGAAACAAGACGAUUUUCCUGGGGGUUGGAGGGGGGGAUGGUAGCAUCCAAAUACUCAGAAUUUUGAACCCUUCUGAGAAAAGACCUUCUAGUAAGUGACCAUAAGAAACACCGAUUCUCGAGGGUGGUGUGUGUGUGUGUGUGUGUGUGUGUGUGUGUGUGUGUGUGUGUGUGUGUGUGUGUGUGUGUGAUGUGUUUUUCAGGGUUCCUAACUUGACUCUAAUUACUAUUGAGUUUAUGUAAAGAAUAAGCCUCUGUACAGAAGGACAGAUGUGUGCAUUCACCCUUGGUUACAGUGGUCUCCAUUUCAUUUCAGAGGAGAGAAUUAGACUAUCUGAAUAUAAACACAAGUUGAUGUUAAUUUAUUCUAAGUACUCUGGGAUUUUGAUUGUCUUUGAGAAUUCUUCUCUGUGAAUACCAUGGUAAAAAAAAAAAUUUAACUUGUGGCAGGAUUGUAGCGAGUUAUUAUUUAAGGAAAAAUAAAUUACAUGAAUGCUUUAAGGUGGUAUUUUUAAAUAGCGGCUUUUGUGUAUCCAGAAAAAGUGUUAGCAGGUUUCUUAGUGGUGCUUAUGGGAGAAGGGCACUUCGUGAUGUCAUGUAAGUAGAUGAAGGUACAGUGAUACUUAGCAGACACUGAAGCAGUUAAAGCAUUUCCUAGUUACAAGAUGGGUAAGGACCUCUGCAGAAGAGCGCAGGUUUCCAGGCGUUCCUUAUCUGUCUGUAGCUUCAGUAUCUCCAUCUAUUUCCCUCCUGCCUGUCUUUCACCCACGCACAUCUUACUGCUCAGUGAUGAGAGUGGUAGAGUGAAUGCCCAGCACCCUGUGUAAUAAGAAACUAGAAUGGUUCUCCAGACCACUCAACACCAAGUAGCCCUCAGCCUAGGAACCUGGGAUCUGUGACUGUAUUUUCUUCUGUAAAAAAUAAAGAGAAACAACACUUGGAACUUGAAGGCAGAAUGAGAUCAUACUAUAGAAAUGAAUUUCCGGCCACUGGAAUAUGUAAACCAAAGCUACUGAAGACGUAGGAAGGCUGUCUUCUCUGUGGUUGGCCCCAAAAUGCACCAAAAAUGUGGAGCCCACUGGGUUUUCCUAGAGCAGUGUUCCAGAGGGCAAAAGCCCAGAAGACAGAGGACCGGUACCUUUAUGCAACCUAGAUUCUGACAAUGCCCUCUGCAAAGCACCAAAAAGAGGAACAGAGAAUGCUGGGUACAUUUCAGGGGUAUCAGGCUGCUUAGCAAAUUAUUGUUUUAUAGAAAUGUUUGUCACCACCGUGUGUGCAAAGCACUUGCAAAGUCUAAAUGUCCUUGGAGAUUGUUUUAUUAUUUUCUGGAAACAAGCUGUUGAAUGUGGUCAUGAAAAUGCUGCUGUUACACUUACAUAAUAUUUCGUGACGCUUGAA